CCCUUAGUAUGCAGUGAAAUGUCAGUCCAGGAGAGGCUACAACUGUGCAAGACUGAAGGGGGGGCUGGAGGUCAGAUUUAGGGCCAGUUCACACUACAUGUGUUUCAGUUGCUUUUUUUAUGCAUCCAAAACGCACAGAAAGUAGGUUAUACGGUUCACCACGAAGGGGCGGACUGACAACUCAUGGGGCCCCCGGGCAAUAGGGGAUCAUGGGGCCCCUGUGUCCUUGCCCAAACUCAAAAAAGCCUAUGAAAAAUGUACCGGGGCAACUCAUGGGGCCCCCUUCUGACCCCGGGCCCUUGGGCAGUGCCCGAGUUUCCAAAUGGUCAGUCCGCCCCUGGCACCACGGUAUAUCUCACAGCUAUAUAAAU